AAGCACUUAAAUGGAAAUAUAACUAAUUGGGAAGACCAGCUGAUUUAGUAGCAAUCUACUACAAUUGCAAAUUAUUUAAUUUCUUGCAUUAACGAGCCAAAAUUAAGUAAUUCCUUUAUCUCCAAAUCAGAAAAACAGUUCUUACCAUGAAUGGAUUUCCCCCUUCUUUUUUAUGGCCUUAAUUAUUUUCCCUCUUAAGAGAAUAUGUGCCUAUUUAGCUUCAUCUUGGGUUGUGGCUAUAAAUAUCAUUUCAGAGCAAUGUAUUAUCCAGGCAAAUCAACCACAGGGUUGAAACUAGUUUUAAAGAAAUUCUUUUUAAGUCAAAAUGGUCAAACACCGAAGUUUCUUCAUUUUAUUCAUCACCAUAGCUGUUAUUUUUUUAGUUGUAGCAUUUGAAACUAAACGGGUAGAAGGAGAUUUGGAUGGCAAUGGAUGGAAUAAUGCCCAUGCUACAUUUUAUGGAGACAUGAAGGGUGGCGAUACCAUGCAGGGAGCUUGUGGUUAUGGAAAUUUAUUCCGCCAAGGUUAUGGCCUGGAAACAGCAGCACUAAGCACAGCACUCUUUAAUAAUGGAUCAACCUGUGGAGCUUGCUUUCAAAUAAUGUGUGCCAAUGACCCUCAAUGGUGCAAUAAAGGCGCAGUCAUAACUAUAACCGCCACCAAUUUUUGCCCUCCAAAUUACACAAAAACUGUAGAUAUUUGGUGCAAUCCUCCACAGAAGCACUUUGAUUUAUCAAUGCCUAUGUUCUUAAAAAUCGCUAAAUAUAAAGCAGGUGUUGUCCCAAUUGUUUACAGAAAAGUCAAUUGUCACAAAAAAGGAGGGCUCAAGUUUGAGAUUAAAGGGAAUCCCAAUUGGAUUCUUGUUCUUGUGUUCAAUGUGGGAGGUGCUGGAGAUGUUGCUAAUGUCAAAAUCAAAGGAUCUAAGACUGGAUGGUUACCGAUGUCGCGAAACUGGGGCCAAAAUUGGCAGACUUCUCAGCAGUUACUAGGACAGAGCUUGUCUUUCAAAGUACAAACUAGUGAUGGCCGAUGGGUUCAAUCUGAUAAUGUUGUUCCUGCUAACUGGAAAUUUGGUCAGACAUUCGAAGCGAAAAAUAAUUUUAUCUGAUGAUGUAUUGUGGAAAAUAAGUCUUCUUGAAUCAAUGUAGGCUAAAUUUCUUUUGUCCAAUUAAUUCUCAAUACUUUGAGUCGAGAUUGAGCGACAAAUAUACUCGGAUGGAAUAUGCUCAGUGUUAUUCUUAUGAUAAUUUGGGAAGAGACCAC